AUGGCUCAGGAUGGUCCCUCAGAGCUGGAUAAUUUUUCAGAUGAACUGCGUGGUGUAAUUCCUCGAAGUUUUGAAUACCUCUUCUUCCUCAUCAACAGAGAGGUGGAACGGUCUGGUGGGCUGAAGAGCUUCCUCUGCAAGUGUUCAUUCAUAGAGAUCUACAAUGAGCAGAUUUAUGACCUAUUGGACAGUGUGUCCACCAGCCUGUUCCUGCGAGAGGACAUCAAGAGGGGCGUCUUUGUAGAAGGAGCUGUGGAGAAAUACGCAGCAUCUGCUGCAGAGGCCUAUCAGGUGUUGUCGAUGGGAUGGAGGAACAGGCGAGUGGCGUCCACCUCAAUGAACCGCGAGUCCUCUCGUUCACAUGCAGUGUUCACCAUGACACUGGAGUCAAAGGAGACUGGACAGGAAGUGGUCAACAUCAGGACCUCUCAGCUGAACCUGGUGGAUCUCGCCGGCUCAGAGAGACAGAGGGACACACAUGUGGAGGGUUCACGGCUCAAGGAGGCGAGCAGCAUAAACCGCUCCCUGAUGUGUCUUGGUCAGGUGAUCAUGGCCCUGAUGGAUGUGUCAAAUGGGAAGAACCGUCACAUUUGUUAUAGAGACUCGAAACUGACCUUCCUGCUCAGGGACUCUCUGGGCGGAAACGCUAAAACGUACAUCAUCGCUAACGUUCAUCCUGGCUCCAAGUGCUUUGGAGAGACGCUCUCCACUCUGCAGUUCGCUCAGAGAGCCAAACUCAUCAAAAAUAAGGCUAUGGUAAAUGAGGACACUCAGGGUAAUGUCAGACAACUGCAAGCGGAAGUGAGAAAACUAAAGGAGCAGCUCGCAAAUGCUCUUUCACAAGCUGGUGUCAUAGAGGUCACACCAUCAGACCAGCAAACAGCACACUCUGAGGUUUACUACAAGACGCAGUUCAUUCAGGCCAUGAGCUUCUGGAAGAAGGCACAGGAGGAGAAGAAGGUGCCUUUUAUGUGCAGGUCACAUACAAAAAUUUCGGAGACGCUCUCCACUCUGCAGUUCGCUCAGAGAGCCAAACUCAUCAAAAAUAAGGCUAUGGUAAAUGAGGACACUCAGGGUAAUGUCAGACAACUGCAAGCGGAAGUGAGAAAACUAAAGGAGCAGCUCGCAAAUGCUCUUUCACAAGCGGGUGUCAUAGAGGUCACACCAUCAGACCAGCAAACAGCACACUCUGAGGUUUACUACAAGACGCAGUUCAUUCAGGCCAUGAGCUUCUGGAAGAAGGCACAGGAGGAGAAGAAGGCUCUUCAGGGGAAAGUGUCUCAGCUGGAAGCUGCCUGGGCUCAGAAGGAGAAAUUCGUCCAGUCCAGCCGCAUGAUCCUGAAGUUCAGAGAUGAUCAUAUCGCUCAGCUGAAGAAAGAACUUCAGUCAGGCCAGAGAUCAGACCCUGAUCAGCAGAACCAGCAGCUGCAGGAAGAGAUACGUCUGCUUCGAGAGCAGGUGGAGCACCACCCACGGAUGAUGCGUUAUGCGGCGGAGAACUGCGGCCUGCGGGAGGAGGUUCGAGCGCUGCGUGCUCUGGAUUCUGUCCGCUCUGCGGUCGAGACCAAGGCUCAGUCGUUAACCGCGCUGGAGAAAACCUUCCUGCAGCUGCUGGAGGCUCAGAGAACAGAGGAGAGCACAGGAGCUCCGCCCAUCUACUCCACCCCUGUCACCAUGGAGACGUUGUCCUCAGUUUCUGUGGAGCGGAUGAAGGUUCAGCUGCUGCAGAAACAGUCAGAGCUCACGGCGACAAUUCAAGCCUUCGAGGAAUUCAAGGAGGUCAACAAAAAACAGCUGGCUGAGCUGGAAUCUGAGAAGCGCUACCUCGAGAAGUCCAACAAGCAUCUGGAGACGAUCCUAGAGGCCACUAAAGCCCACAGCAAACAUGAAGUGUCUCAACUCAACAAGAUUCAUGCCGAGACCAUAAAGAUUUUGACCACGCCCACAAAAGCGUAUAAUCUGCGUAAUCGACUGGUGCCGCUGUCUAGCCCAGACCAUCUGAAUGGACAGGAGAAUAUCGACGUCGAUGACAUCCAGAGCGAACAGCCGCCUCCUGAGAUGAGCGAGCUCGCCUGUGAAGCGCUCACUGAAGAACUCAAACAAAUGCAGGAACAGGCUCUCCGUGUUCAGGGCCAGUUGGACGAGGAGGAAGCCAAGAACAGAAAGCUGCUUCAGCAAAUCAGCAAGCUGGAGGAACAGUUUACCACAGCCACGGAGAAGUCCAGUCGCACAGAGGAGAUGUUUGGUGCCGAGCGACACUCACUGCUGGGAGAACAGCAGCGUCUGCAGGAGAGAGUCAGGACGCUGGAGCAGCAGCUGGAAGAUGAACAGAGAGAGAUGGACGUGCUGCGGGUGGAGGUGCGAGAUCUGCGUGUCGCCUUGCAGUCCUCUGAUAAGGAGCUGGAGGCCACACGGACAGAACUGCAGCAGCAGAAAGCAGAGCAUGAGAGGGAGACCACAGAUCUGUCCAGGAGCCUGAUCAGCACACAGCUGCAGCUGGACACCGUCAAGCUGGAGUGGGAGCAGGUGCUGGAGGAGCAGCGUGUUCUUCAGGACACGCAUGACACGCUGCAGGCCGAGUUUCAGUUUGAGCUGGAUCAGCACACACAGCAGAUGGAGCUCAAGAGCCGAGAGUGCUCAGGAAUUCAAGCCAAGAUCAAUGAGUUGCUGCAUGCUCUUCAGGAAGAAAAAGAGCAGAACAACAGUGUGAGAUCCCAGCUGACCGCACACAGAGAGAGUGUGUCCAAAGAGCUUGUGCAGUCUGUAGAAGAGAAUGCCUCACUGAAGAAACACAUUGCGGAGCUGACAAACAAAAAUCAACAACAGAGCGAUGAGAUCAGUGCUCUAAAGCAGAGUGUGUGUUCAUCCAACAUGACAAUCAACAGCCUCAAGCAGAAGAUCGAACAGGACAAAGAUGUGGUGCUGGAGUUGAUGCAGGAGACCAGAGAUCUUCGAAGCGAGGUGGCUGAGAGAGAUCAGACUGUGUGUUUGCUGCGAGGAGAGAUCGCUGACAUCAGUGGCAAGUACAGCACUGUUUGCACUGAGAAAGAGCAGAUGAAGGAGAGCAUGACACACAUGCAGAAUGAACUGCAGGAGCUGCGAGAAGCUUCAGAGAGACGCCUGGCUUCUGACCGUGUAGAGUUGGAGCUGCUUCAGGAAGAUCUGUCCUACGCUACAGAUGAGGUGGAGAGACUCGGUAAAGUGGUGGAGGAGCAGGCUGCUUUACUGGAGACUUCCUGGACCCUGAACACAGAGAAAGAGAACAAUAUAAACUCCCUGAAAGAACAGGUGGAACAGCUGAAUGAGCAGAUUAACCUCCUGAGAGUGAGAGAGUCCGUCAGUCAACCUCCAGAAGCUGCCACUCCCAAAGGAAAAAUACAGACACCGCAGACCCCCUGUGGCUUUGGCUCGAGUCUGUCUCAGGUGCUGGAGUGUCAGGAGAGAGAGCUGGAGAGCCGACGCUCCUCUAUGAUCACCAUGGAGGUUCUGCUGAAAGAGCUCAAUGCAGAACGCACAGCCAAGAACCAAGAGAUCGACAGAUUAAAGGCCCAGCUGAAUGAAAAAGAGAUCGUGCGAAUGGAGAUUCAGACACUGUUGGACAAGUUUUACACCGUCCAGAAUCAACACAAACAGAGUGGCUGUGCGCAAGAAGAUGUGAGGGAGGCCAUACACAUUUCUGUUUUGAGAGAACUACAAGAAGAGAAGAAAAUAAAAAACUCCCUGAUGAUGCAGUUGACUGACGCUCAGACAGAGCUGCAGCGUAAUGAAGUCACUCUUGUCCAGUCUCAGACGUGUGUGCAGGAGCUGACCACUGAGCUUAGGAACCGCUGCCCGGAGCUGCGGGAUCUGCGGCAGAAAGACCAUCAGCAGGAGAUACUGCAGCAGGACAUCGAGGUUCUGAGAAAGCAGGUGGACCAUCUGACCGAGGAGAAUGGGAAGCUGUUGGGUCAUCAGAACCCCAAGCAGAAGAUUGAGUACCUGGUCAAACUGAAAAAGGAGAUCACCAGACUGCAAGAAGAGAAUGGCAAACUCAGACAGUGUCUUCAUAUGGAAGAAGAAAGUCCUAACAACACAGGCCUAUAACAUGCUCACCCUGAACACGC